AUGGCCACGUUGUUCCUGGGACUGCAGAUCCUCGUGGACACAGGGAGCAGUAACUUCGCCGUGGCAGGGGCUCCGCAUCCCUACGUGGACUCCUACUUUGACGUGGAGAGGUCCAGUACCUACCGCCCCAAGGGCUUUGACGUCACCGUGAAGUACACCCAGGGGAGCUGGACGGGCGUCGUGGGCGAGGACCUCGUCACCAUCCCCAAGGGCUUCAACGCGUCCUUUCUCGUCAACGUCGCCACUAUCUUUGAGUCGGAGAAUUUCUUUCUGCCUGGGAUUAAGUGGAAUGGAAUACUCGGACUCGCGUACGCCACGCUGGCCAAGCCCUCCAGCUCCCUGGAGACGUUCUUUGACUCCCUGGUGGCGCAGGCGAAAAUCCCCGACGUGUUCUCCAUGCAGAUGUGCGGGGCGGGCCUGCCGGUGGCCGGAUCCGGUACCAACGGAGGUAGUCUUGUCCUGGGUGGAAUUGAACCGAGUCUGUACAAAGGGGACAUCUGGUAUACCCCGAUUAAGGAGGAGUGGUACUACCAGAUAGAAAUCCUGAAGCUGGAGGUUGGGGGCCAGAGCCUGAACCUGGACUGCAGAGAGCCGCAGCUCUACAUCCAGCCCAUGGUGGGGGCCGGCCUGAACUAUGAGUGCUACAGAUUCGGCAUCUCCCCCUCCACCAACGCGCUGGUGAUCGGCGCCACCGUCAUGGAGGGCUUCUACGUCGUCUUCGACCGAGCUCGGAGGAGGGUGGGCUUCGCGGCAAGCUCCUGCGCAGAAAUCGCGGGCGCUCCGGUGUCGGAAAUCUCUGGGCCGUUCUCGACGGACGACUUGGCCAGCAGCUGCGUCCCCGCCCAGUCUCUGCAGGAGCCCACCCUGUGGAUCAUCUCCUACGCGCUCAUGAGCGUGUGCGGGGCCAUCCUCCUCACCCUCAUCGCGCUGCUGCUGCUCCCGCUGCGGUGUCGGCACGGCGCCCGGGACCCCGAGCUGGUCAACGACGAAUCCUCCCUCGUCAGGCACCGCUGGAAAUGAGGCGCCCGGCCCCGGGCAGCCGGGGAGCCGGCGCUUCAAGGGCUGCAGGCCUGGGCCGCGGCGGGCGCCCUCGCUGCCCGGGGACCCUGGCUCCCUGCUGCUGAGGCCUUCCAGAGUCACUGUAUUUUGAUUCUUGAUUUUUUAAAGCUUCCGAUUCAUCUUUCCUACUUCCAAGAAAAAAAAUGAUAAUAAAAAAAAUCACCUUGUUCUAAACCAAAA